UGUGUAGAAGCUCAAUGGAAACAGUAAUUAUUUUCUCUGCGCUUAUUUGUGCUACUAACAUAGGAAUAGAAGAAGUAAGAUUGGAUAAAGACAGUGGAACUUCGUACACUAAGGUUUACAGCCGUAAAUAUACGUAAAAAUUAGUAAUGUACUGUGAUCAUUGCAGAUUCUAUCAAGCCUACAACAUCCAGUUCACUCUUCACUGCAGGAAGUGACGAUUUUCACUGCGGAAGCUUUUACUCAACUUCCGGCACUGGCGCGGGAGUGUUAAAUAAUAAGUGUAUUUGCAGUCAGGUUCUUUUUCUUAAAAUUUGAAGUUAAAGAAGGAGUAUUUUAUCAAGUGUUUAUAAAAUGUCACAAAGCUUUACUGAAGCGGAAAUCCCCCCUAAUCUGUGUCAUCUCAAAAAUCUAGAUUCUUUGUUUAGAUGUCCAAUCUGCUUUGAUUAUCUGGACAUUUCAAUGAUGGUUCAGCACUGUUCCCAUAACUUUUGCUCUUUAUGUAUACGGAAAUUUCUGUCCUACAAACUGAAGUGUCCAGUAUGUAAUUCGGCAGUGACAGAAUCAGACCUCAGAAACAAUAGAAUACUUGAUGAUCUGGUGAAGACCUUCCAGUUAGCAAGGCAUCAGCUUUUACGAGUGAAUUUUGAGUCACCACCCGUCUCUCCAAAGACCCCUUUGACCUCUGGCAAACUCAAGCAAGCAAAUUCUAAGGGGCCUUCUGUUCCAAAGAUGGAAGGUACAAUUAUGAGCUGUUUUUUCCAAAAAGGGAAGUCUUCCUCUCCUUCAGAUGUGCCGAAACCACAAAAUACCCAUCAAGACGAUAAAGUCAAUGAAGAUCGUUUCAACAGGACUGUAAAGGAAGAACCAGAAGAGUUGCCUACUAUAUCUAGUGCUUCUUACAGCCCGGAACUUCCAUCUACUUCAACUGAAGUUAAACCUGUCAUAAAAGUGGAGUGUCCUGUGUGUGGUGUUGGUGUUUUAGGGCAGCACAUUAAUAAGCACUUGGACAGCUGCCUAACGAGGGAUGAGAAAAAAGAGAGCUUGAGAAGCUCUGUUAGCAGAAGGAAGAAUGUGGCAAAAGUGGUUUACGAUCUCCUUUCUGAACGGGAAUUGAAAAAGAGACUCAAGGACCUCAACCUUCCUACCUACGGUAGCCGGCAACAACUUAUUAAAAGGCACCAGGAGUUUGUACACGUGUACAAUGCCCAGUGUGACUCUUUAAAUCCCAAAUCAGCACAAGAGAUAGCAAAAGAAGUUGAAAGAAAUGAGAAGCUGAAAACCCAGUUGGAGGGUAAAUCUAAAAGUGUAAUGGUGUUUUCAAAAAAUCAAACUGAAGAAGAAAUAGAUGAAUUACAUUCCAAAUAUCGGAAACAGCACAAGGAUGAGUUCUCUCAACUUAUUGCACAGGUGAGAGGGCGCUGUAAGAAAAAGCAGGUGAAACAGGAGCCAGAGGAGGAAACGGAUCACGAAAGGGAAUGCUCUACAGAAUCAGCUGAAGUUUCCCAUGAAGAUAAUGUCACGUUAGAUCAUGUUCCUGUACCACCCAGUCCUUCUGUCAGUGAAGUGUCCAUUAGCAGCUCCCGCAGUAAUGUUUUCAGUUCAGACUCUGCUGAUGAAAGCAAAGACAAUUUUGGAGAAACGCCCCCCAGGAAACGGAAGAUGUGUAGGGCCACAGAGGGACCUUUCAUCCAGAACCCAAAACGGACUAAAGAAGAAGAGCCGAAGAGGAAAUAAGAUUGCAAACGGGAAUGAGACUUCUCAGACUGGGAAGGAAAUCAUUUUCGUCAAAUAUGUUUUUCUUUUGUGUAUACGUAGUCAAUCAAACCUUUUGUUUUUGUUAAACAUGUAUGUUGCACAUUUCUUAUGAUUUUAUUUAAAUAACGUUUUUAUUUGUUGCACAUUUUCAGUUUGAAAUGUUCAUUAAACAGCUCUAAAUACA